AUUGGAACUUUGCUUACUUUAAUCCAUUUAGUGAAAGGAUGGUGUCAAAGAUUGAGAAUGUUAUUGAGAAAUUGGAGUACAUUGCGAAACAGAAAGAUGUUCUUGGCUUGAAAAAUGAUGGCGAAGGGAAGUUUGGGGUCUCACAAAGAACACCCACUACUCCCCAUUUGAUUGAAUCUCAUGUUUACGGUCGGGAUGGUGAUAAAGAGGAGAUAAUUAAAUUGUUGUUGGCUGAUGAUGAAAUGGAUAAUACUGAUCCAUUCUGUGUGAUUCCCAUUUUGGGAAUGGGUGGGAUUGGCAAGACCACUCUUGCUCAGACGGUCUAUAAUGAUAAGAGAAUGGAUGAGUGUUUUGAUGUAAAAGCAUGGGCUUGUGUGUCUGAUGAUUUCAAUGUGAUGAAUGUAACAAAAGCCCUUCUUGAGUCAGCCACUAAUAAACCAUGUGAUACCAUGAACCUGGAACUACUUCAGAGUAGUUUGAAAGAUAAAUUGAGCAAAAAGAAAUUCCUCAUUGUCUUGGACGAUGUAUGGAACGAAAAUUAUGACAAUUGGCAUGUUCUGUUGCUUCCUUUCAUGGUUGGGGCUAAACGAAGUAAAAUCAUUGUGACUACGCGUAAUGAAGAGGUUUUAUCAGUCACGAACACUCUUCCGCCUUAUUGUCUGAAGGAAAUGUCAGAUAAUGCCUGUUGGUUGUUGUUCCUGCACCAUGCAUUUGGAAAUAGAAAACCAGAUGUGUUUCCAAGUCUGAAACCAAUUGGAAGACAAAUAGUGAACAAGUGUAAAGGGUUGCCUUUGGCUGCUAAGACACUAGGAGGUCUGUUGGGCUCCAAACUAGAUACUGAUUAUUGGUAUAAAAUUUUGAAUAGCAACUUAUGGGAUUUGCCACCCAAGAAAAAUGCCAUUCUUCCAGCACUGAGGUUGAGCUACCAUCAUCUCCCGACCAAUUUAAAGCGGUGCUUUGCAUAUUGUUCAAUAUUUCCAAAGGACUAUGAAUUUGAUAGGAAAAGCUUAGUCUUGCUAUGGAUGGCCGAAGGUUUUGUGCAGCAAAUUGAAAAAGUUAAGAGAAUGGAAGAAGUGGCUGAUGGCUAUUUUGCUGAAUUAUUAUCCAGAUCAUUGUUCCAAGAGUCCACACAAAGCAAAGCACGAUAUGUGAUGCAUGACCUAAUCAACGAUUUAGCUCAAUUUGUGUCAAGAAAAAUGUGUAUGCGCUUGGAGGAUAAGGAGGAGAAAAAUAAGCAGCACGAAAUUUUUGAAAAGGGUCAUCAUUUUUCAUACAUUCGCACCAAAUAUGAUGUCUUCAAAAAAUUCGAGUCAUUAUACGAAGUGAGGCGGUUACGCACCUUCUUACCAUUAGCAUCAUCACUUGGAGGUGAAUUCUGCUAUUUAACUAAGAAGGUCGUGCAUGAUUUGUUGCCAAAAUCAAGUUUUUUACGGGUGUUGUCUCUGAGUGGUUAUUGCAUUAAUGAACUUCCAGAUUCUAUUGGCAAUUUGAAACACCUUCGGUAUCUUGAUCUCUCUCACACAGAAAUCAACAGCCUUCCUCGAUCUGUAAGUACACUUUACAAUCUACAGACAUUGUUAUUAUGUGAAUGUAUCCAUUUGACCGAGUUGCCCAUGGACAUGGGAAAUUUAAUUAACCUACGACACCUUGACAUCAGUGGAAGUGGUAUAAGAGAGAUGCCACUGCAAAUAGAUAACUUGAGGAGCCUGCAUACAUUGCCUGAGUUUAUUGUGGGCAGUGAUAGUGGCUCCGGGAUAGGCAAGCUGAGGAACUUGGUGCAUCUUCAAGGAAGACUUUCUAUAUCAAGGUUGGAAAAUGUGGCCAAUGCUUGGGAAGCAAGGAGAGCCAAUUUAAAGGACAAGCAAGACCUUAAUGAAUUAAUGGUGGAAUGGAGCAACAAUUUUGACGAAUUGAGAAAUGAAAGUGUUGAAAUGGAUGUCCUUGAAAUGUUACAACCACAUCAAAAGCUAGAGAAGAUUACUGUUAAAUGCUAUCGUGGUACAAGAUUUGCAUCUUGGUUAGGGAAUCCCUCAUUCUAUAAGCUGGUGUCUCUAAGUUUUGUCGAUUGCGAAAGAUGCAUGUUCUUACCACCACUAGGUCAACUACCCUCACUCAAGAAGCUCCUCAUUAAGGGAAUGAAUGGAGUGAAGAGUGUUGGUCCUGAGUUCUAUGGGUAUGGUCUUUCUUCUGUCAGGCCUUUUCCAUCACUGGAGCUGCUAUGUUUCGAGGAGAUGCCAGAAUGGGAAGACUGGUCUUCUUUUGGAGGUGAAAAUUUUGAAGGGUUCCCCAGUCUCCGUGAGCUUUAUAUAGAGAGAUGUCCCAAGCUACAGAGGGAAUUACCCAACCACCUCCCUUCCUUGACAAAACUCGUGAUACAUGAAAGUGAGCAGUUGACUUCUUCACUUCCAAGGCUUCCACUGCUUCAUGAAUUAGAGUUAAAAGAAUGUGACAAGGCAUUUCUGGGUGCUGCACUUGACCUUACCUCACUUGCUUCCUUGGACAUCAAUUUUAUUCCAAAUUUGACAUAUCUACCUGCAGGGUUGAUACAAUGGUUAGCACGACUUGAACGGUUAGUUAUUGUUGAUUGUUUUGAUCUAAUGUAUUUAGCACAGAAUGAGGUUGGAUUACAACACCUAACUUCUCUUCAGCAUCUGGUGAUUCGAAACUGUCCAUUACUCGUUUCCUUGUUUGAGGGAGAGCAACAGCUUCCUGGCAAACUGGAAUAUUUGGAACUAGAUUGUUGUCAUAUGUUGGAGAAGCUGCCAUUCGGAUUGCAUAUUCUUACAUCUCUCCGUGAACUGACAAUCAAGGAUUGUCCAAGACUUGCAUCAUUUCCACAGACAAAUUUUCCAUCUAAUUUAAGAGGUCUUGCAAUCCGAAGAUGUGACCUAGAGUCAUUACCUGAAAUGGUUGUUAAUGACAGAAGUGCAUCUCUCGAGUGCUUGUACAUCAGUGGGUGUUAUAACCUCACUUCCUUUCCGAGAGGAGGUGUGGAACCCAUUCUCCCAACCACUUUCAAGGAGCUGACCAUCGAAUAUUGUCCGAACCUAGAGUCCCUUCCUGAGGGGAUAAUGCACAGCAACAACAUGUCUCUUGAAGUACUAGAAAUUUUUGACUGUUCUUCAAUCAUGUCCUUUCCAAAAGGGCAGCUGCCCACCACAUUAAAGACACUUGCUAUUUCAAAUUGUUCCAAACUAGAGAGCCUAGCAGAUGUGAUGAUGCAAACAAUUUCUCUUGAGUCUCUUCGGAUUGUGAAAUGUACGAAUCUUAAAUUCUUACCCAGCAGCUUGCACAAUCUAGCACAUCUUGAUUAUUUUGAAAUUGAUGGGUGUCCUGGUCUUGUCUCCUUUCCACAAGGAGGCCUUCCCACAACCAGCCUCAAAAAGGUUAAUAUAAUUAAUUGUGAGAAUCUGAAGUCCCUGCCAGAGAGGAUGCAAUACGUCACAUCUCUUCAAGAACUGCAGUUAUCUGAUUGUCCGAGCAUCAUAUCCUUUCCAGAAGGUGGUUUACCUAUUAACCUCAUAUCAUUAGAGAUCAAGGAUUGCAAGAACCUUACGCCUUUGUCCGAGUGGGGUUUGCAUAGACUCACUUCUCUCAAAAGAAUGAUCGUUUAUGGCGAAAAUUCAGAUCUUGCUUCUUUUCCAGAGUGGCUGCUUCCUUCUACCCUCAGCACUUUUCACAUCGAGAGGCUUUCCAGUCUGGACUCUUUAACCUGGCUGCAAAAUCUCACCUCUCUCGAGGAACUGAAAAUCAAGGAUUGCAAUAGUCUCCAGUCCUUGCCAGAGUGGCUGCCGUCAACACUUUCUUAUCUAGAGAUCAGCCACUGUCCUCUGCUUGAGCAGCAUUGCGAGACGAAUUGGGCCAAGAUAGACCAUAUCCCCUGCAUUGUGAUGUAAACUUUGAUGAUGAGUUGAUUUCAGUAUAACUGCGUUUUGAUCCACAAGAUAAAAGAGAUGCAACCAUGCUAAUCAGGUAAUUCAGCAAGUGGAGGUGUUAAAGCUUGGGGAGAAACAUCAUGUUACAAUAUUGAAUAGACUUGGCAGUUAAAAUAACAGGUACAUGUCUGUUUAGUCGCUUUCAGCUUUAUUGAGUUUGUUCAUUAUUAAAAAUUUUCCUUCUUUUUCUGUAAACAUGUUGGUUAUUACUUAUUUUCUCCUUGUAGCAUGUAAUGUAGUUUUUUUUUUUCCUUGGGCAAGUCGUGUAAUGUUGUUUUGACUCAAUGAUAUCACCAACUCUAAUGCUCAAGAUCCUUUAGUGAUCUGGAACCUCCUAUCUUAAAUGUAAGCAACUAAACUUGCACACGUACCAAAAUCUUAUCCUAGCAAGUCCUUGAUUUAACAUGUCACAAGUCACAACCAUUCGCCAACUUGGAUGUUCGUGGAGGCUCUGGAAAGUUGGCCAUUUUAUAGAAGGUCUUAACUAUCUCUAUCUACCACACGGCCGAAUCCAUCAAGCUUGCACUAUCACACACCAGCGAUUCAGGUUACGAUGUCAUUAAACUCAACCAUAAACAUUUGGCAGUAAGUACUAAAUAUACUUCUAGAGAGACUAUGGUACUGUGGUAGCACUUAGAACUCCCCAUGACUUCUUUUUAUACAUGAACCUAAUCCAUGAGAUCUGCAAUCAUGGGUAAUUCUCUCAAUGGUUUAAAUCUCAUUCUCCUCGAUGUAUCUUGGACCAAUUUUCUAUAAACUUUUCGUUAAAGGAUCUACCAGAUAUGACCUCAUAAAUUCCAUAAAUAUCCAAGAAUUCCUGGUAAGUUGUCUUUCAAUGUAAUGCCUAAUAUGUAUGUGUCUCUUUUCAUUGUACAGUUUAAUUUUUGUUCAAAGUGCAGGAUAUAAAUGGAGACAGAUGUGUCCGCAAUGGUAUGACUACCAGUAGUCUCCUAAGCCACUCUGCUUAUAUACCUGACAAUUUUAGAGCAACAAACUCGGAUUGCAUGGUAGAUUUAGCAUUACAUGUUCUUUUAUUAUUAUUAUUUUUAAACAAGGGUUCUGAAGGAUUUUUGUGCUAAUACUGCAACAACUAUUCUCAUACACCAAAGGAGAGAUUAUGUUGAAGAAGCCUAUUGGCUUCUCUAAGGCCGCCAAAGUAUGUAGAAUAGUUAGUUCUAUGAUUUGCUUCCCCCACAAGCAGAAUUUGAAGUGGAGAGGAAACUUUAGACCCAUAAUUCGUGUUCAGAGGCAAUGGUUCAGCCAUGGU